UUUCGGAGAGGUUAACUAUAGACGGCGCUGUACCAGAACUUACUAAGGUGAGGCGGAACUGUCAGGUGGAACACCGAAGGAGAAGACUUUACACCGACGAGAAACAAACCUGCACACUAGCUAUCACAAUGUCUUGGGAUUCAUACAUAGACAACUUGAGGGCCUAUAGUAAGGACGGUUCCGGAAGGAUUAACGCUGACCGCGCCUGUAUUAUUGGUCUGGACGGCGGGGCUAAAUGGACAACAGACGAACAUCCAAAUGCCUUCAAACCAGAUCCUCAGGAGUGUGCUGACAUUGCCAGUGUUUUUAAAGGGAAGAAUUUCGGAUUAUUCCAAACCAGCGGAAUAUACAUAGAGGGAGUAAAAUACCAAUUUCUGAGGGAAGAGGACCAAAAAACUGCCAUGGCGAAAAAGAAGGACCUAGGAUCUGUAACGUUACAAGCUUCUAAAACGGCUGUGGUGAUUGGUCAUUGUCCCGAGGGUAGCCAACAAGGGAACCUCAACAAAGCUGUUAGUAUCAUUGCGGAGUACUUGGAGAGUUUGAACAUGUGAUGUCGUAGAGCUCGUGCAUAGACUGCUUCAUUGCGAACAAAAGAUAGGGAAUGGGAAUCGCCAACUUUAAAAUAUCGGAGAUUUCAUACGAAACUAAAAAGUAUCACCUGAAGCACUAAAUCCAAAUCAAGCCUGCGAUUGGACAAAUCUAUCACGUGAUAUGCGCACUAUGGUCUGCGAAUAGUAGAAAUACCAGAGGUGUAUCAUUUUAUGAUACUAAACAUCGCGACUUAUCGGUUCUGCUGUUAAAUACUGACCAAAUGAAGUCCCUAUUUUAUGACCAGUCAAGGACUACAAUGACGUCAUAACUAUAUUAACAUUCACAGGUGAUCAGCACGGGCUCCUUUAGUGCAUGAGUGAUUUUAAAAGCCAGUUAAUUUCAGCAUCCAUAGUUAUACCAAUCAGCGGGCGAAAAGUUCUGGAAGCUGCCGUGUAUUCUGUAAAGACUGGAUGCUGCACUAAACGGGAGCUUUUAGAAUGACUCGUACCUUAGGAUGAUUUUCUCUCCGUGAUCCUGUUCCCUGGUGUUGUGUCCUGUGCACGGUAGAUAGAUAAAUAAUAUGUACAUAGAAUUAAGUGUCGUGUUCAACAUUAUAGUAAAAUCAUCACGUAGUUUCUCGGUAGUGUAUUCAUGAUGGUGGUAGUACAACUAAAGAAAGCUGCAAGAUUAUAAGUAUAUAUAACACAUUCAAUCAUAAACGACAUCCUGUGUAAAUGAACCGUUAUUCGGUGACGAGCACUUGUCUUGUGAAAACCUCGCCGUUUUGUUUUGAGAGAUGUGACUCACGAGCUCGGUAAAUCAUUCCUCCAUUAUUUUUGGCAGGGCUAAAUAUCUGUAGGAAUUAUUAUAACAACACCUCGGAAAAUUUAGACAAAGGUCGGAACGGAUUUGUAGCUUUCCGGAAUUUUCUGAAAUGUUGCAGCGCAUGUACAACACAUUGUAUGGGGUAAUGAUGGUUUGAGGGACAUUUCCGCUUCUAAUGGUAGAUAUCUAAAACGUCGUAUGCAUGAGUUAGGGCGUGAAUCUGCUGGUCAGUGUUGUGCAAUGGUCAGUCUUAGGGACAUUAGCCGUCAAGGUCAGUGUCACUUACUUGGAUGUAGAGCAUACGAUUUACAGCGACAAAUUAUGCUUUAAAAAAUAAAAACAAACAUUGAGAGAGAAAAAA